AUGGCGCCGCACUCUUCAACCUACGAGAAGACGAGGUCGCUGCGCGAGGAUGCGGCGUCGGCGGUCGUGGGUGCGGUGGCCAUCAUGCAGCUCGUGGUGCUGCUGUGGCUCGUUCUUAUUGUCGCCGCCGAGGAGCUUGUCAACCCCGAGGCGACCAACCAAGUGUUUGGCGCUGUCUGGGUCAAAGGCGUGAAAAUCACGUCCGACGCACUCAUCGGGUCGUGCUUCCAAGGCUACGGGCUCACGGGCUGUUCGAAUGGCAACGUGACGUCGCAGCACUAUGGCGUCUCCAACCAGCUCGUGCCGGGACGGUCGUAUUGCCUCCAGUGCUGCAGCAACCCGACGCCAACGGGGAGCGACGAGACGUGGGACCUCGCUUGCCCGCUCACGCUGCUCCAGCAGUCGGUCAUCACCAACGACAUUGGCAAAGAGUAUGUGUUUGCCCGCCGUCGCAACCGCACGGACACGGGGCUGGUCGUGUGCCAAUGGCCAAAACGCACCAAGGGGCUGUACCUCGUCGGGUACACGCUGGAGCUCGUCGUGACCGAGUACAGCGCGUCGAGCGGCGCGGUGUUCUGGGUCGGCGUCGACGCGUGCUCUGUCAUCGCGAUCGAGUCGACGGCGCUACCGACGACGUUUACCGAGCGCAUUCGCAUGGUGUCGGUGCGUCCAUCGUACACGCCGUCGCCGUACUGGUACUUUGCCCUCGGCGGCGUCUUGGUCCUCGCGCUCUAUAUGGCGUACGUGGGGUACCGCGGCUACAUGCGCAACGAACACUGCGUCAACUGCGCGUCCAAACUCGUCUUCUUCCACUCGCUCUGCCUCCUCUGCAUACUCUGCGGCUGCCGCCUCCACGCACCACCGGCCAAGGCUUUUGCGCCCAAGCCUACGAGAAAGAGCUCGCCGCCGCGAACAGCGACGCCUCCAGCGUUAGCGCCGACGAGUAGCGAAACCGACCUAACUUAUUCCUGUACCAAGUCUCUCGCUGGUAGCAAUCCUGACCGUUGA